GGAAAUGCCAGGACCAAGGUAUGUAAAUUUACAGAGCGAGUAGAUUUCUUUUUCCCUUUUAUGUACCUUUCUAUCAUUAAAGUCAUUUAGGCAAUGGAGACGCAUAGGUAUAGUACUCAAAAAUGCAUGGGCAGAGUGCUCAUUGUCCAAAAUCAGAAGUAUGUUGGUAUUCGUCAUACUCGAGGAGAUAAAGAGGAAGAUAAUAAGGUGGAGGAAAUGAAGACAACAUUAGGGAAAAUGGGAUUUACAGACGCAUGUAUUGAAGUUCACAAAAACAAAACCAAAGCAGAAAUGAUUCGAUUAUUGGAAGAUGUUGCUAAAAGAACAGAUUUGAAGGAUGACUAUUGUUUUAUCUGCAUGGUCUUGUCUUAUGGAAAAGAUGGCGUUAUUAUUUGUUGUGAUGAGACACAUUCACCCGCAAAUCCAACUCCAAGUAUGCAACUACCUGUCUCUGAACUUCAAGAAUGUCUGAAGGGAGACAAAUGUAGAGACCUUCUCUUGAAACCGAAGAUAUUCAUGUUACAGUUGGAAGCUGUUCCUUAUAGCAGUCCGCAGUCAGCCGCCAAUCUUCCGUCAGACACACAUACAGAAAAGCCAGUGAAGAUUCCAAGAGAGGCCGACUUUCUGAUAUAUACAUGUGUUAGAGAUUAUGCUCUCACCGCCUGGAUUGAAGGAUUUAAACAGUAUGUCUUGAAACCUGAACAAUCUGAACAACAUGGACAACCUAAACAGCCCAUGGAGCCCAUGGAGAUCCAAAAACUCCUGACACGGAUGAACCAUCUAUAUUGUAAGCCUUACAUCGACGCUGGAUCGUAUGUUGAUAUACCUUGUGUGACCUCUCUUCUUACCAGAGAAGCUUACCUAAAGCUAGAGGAGCCAAGCCCAAAAUAACAUAGUUUGUUGUUCUUGAGAUACUGUUACCAUCAAGCAGUUUGUAUUUGUGUGUGAUAAAUUACGCAAGAAAUGAUAAAAUAUCAGUAUAAGGAUGAUAUUGUUGUAAAAACCUUGGAUAAAUUGAACAAACUCAUUCACGUUAAUGAUUUUGAUUAAACUUUAUUGCACGUGUUUAUAAAAAUAUUAGAUUGUUGGUAUAACACGAAUGCUUGAUAGUAAUAUGCAUCAAUUCAUUUACGAAAUGAUAUCUAGUAUCUACAGUCAUUUGGCAUAUAUGAAUCUAGAUGUUAUCCCGCGAAAGCGCGGGAAAUAUCACUUUACACAUUAAAGGGACUCGGACACAAUUUAACUGAAAAUUUUCAAAUUUAAUUUUUUCAUUUUUGAUGUUUAUACUAAUAAAUAUAGAAUUUUUUAAUGCAAUGUCAAAAUUUGAAAGUCAAAUAUCAAGCUAUAAGCAAGAUAUAGAGUUCAUAAUUCUUUGUUUUGUAAACAAAGCUCAGAUUUUGUCAUUAUUGUCAUAUGUGUUGUAUUGGUGUAAGUUUCAAUCAAAUGUAUCUUUCUUCUGUUGAUAGUAGUAUUUAUGAAGAUAUUGAAUUAGUUUAAAUUGUUUUUUACAUGUCAUUUUGUCUAAAAAAACGGUAAUUCUCUAUAUUACAUUUUUUGUAAACAACUAUAAAACUCGAGCUUUGUUUACCUAACAAUCAAUUCUCACCCCUGUAUCUCGCUUGUAACUUGACUUUAACAUUCAAUAUUUUGGUCAAUCAUUUAAAAUGCACCAGUAAACCAUUUUAUACAUAAAAAAUGAAAAUAAAAUUUUUGAUCUCAAAUCGUGUCAAAGUCCCUUUGAUGGGCUUUGUAUUAUUUGUACACCUUCUUUGUAUAUACUGUGUCCGAAAUGUUUUCUUAAUUGUUUUCAUAACCUAUGUUUUAAAAUUUGAAACCAUAAAGUAACUAGCUGGAUAUUUAGAGGAGCUAACAGGAAUGAACAUCUAAACUGAAAUUAAUUAUAUGUGGCCUCAAGUUUUUGCUGCGGAUGACUUUUACCAAUAUUUUUGGGUUUCUGUUUGGUCUGUAUGCAGAUCCUGUUGCAUUUGAAAACAUUUUCACUUUUUUUCACUAUUUGAUGUAUUAAAUUACAACCCUCAAUAUUACAUUAACAUGCCUAGUAAUUAUAAUUUCAAAACGAGGAGGAAGAUGUAGUGCGUCGUAUCUCUUUUCUACAUUUAAUCCUUUAUACCAAAUUUCGCUAUCAUUUUUAAAACUGUAUUACAUGAGUUUGCUUUAUGUAAAUUUUAAAUAAAAGCUUGUUAUAAAAACAAAACAUGAAGGAGGUGGCUGUUGACUCCGUCCGUUCGUUCUGAAGCAGUUUUACCGUUUUGUGCGGAGACAAUUUAUUCAUAUAAGCCAGAAUGAGAUUUAAUUUAUACAUUCGAGUUGUUAACACAAUCUGUUCAUGGUUCACAACUUUAUUGAUAUUAUAUAAGAAAAAUAUAUGUAAUCUAAAAACGCAAGAGCAUGCAUAUUUAUUUGUAUAUUUUAAACCAAUGUUGUCAGAUCAAAGGUAUAUGCCCGAUACCUUCAAUUUCCGCCAUGAUGUUAAUUUGUCAGCCUGCUUUCUUGGCUACCCCGUUCUGGAAAGUUCAAAAACUAAAAUCGUGCAUUAAAGAAACUGAUUAGCUACUUUUAUUUUUUUUUUUUUGUAAAUUUUUCAAAUCCUAUAUUCAUGUAUACUCUUUAUAAAUUUCCGCAAAAUAUAUUCACUCUUUACAUAAUUAUUCAGUAUUUUUUUUAAAGCGAGUAUAUAUCUUGAUAAAAACUCUCACUGGCAUGGAUCCGCCAAAACGUGUCCACCACCUUACUCUCAUUUUUGCUAUUUCGAACCGGUUUAUCGAAAACGAAAGUAUUUUUUUCCCAUUAAUUUGACAAUACAAGCUUAAUGAGGCUGUCUAACAGCCUUGUACCAUUGUAGCAUUGUAGGAGGGUGAUGAACCUAUAAGAUAUUUGGUACUCUAACAAAUCUAUUAUCAUUUAAUUCUAUUGUAACAAUUCGGUCUAUCUAAGUACAUGUAGUGUCAAUUUGCUUAGUUGAAUUUAUAUCACUAAUCAAGGUAUUUAAUCAUUUUUACUAUAGCUAUUCUAUCUUGGCUAUGUUUAAACUGUUAUUCCUAAUGUCCAUAUACUUAGAUUAGAUAUAUUUAUAUAAAUCUUUACAGUAACCUAUUAAGUCUUUUGUAUUUUUCUAUAAAUUAGAUUUACAAUGUUGCUUACUAUCGAAGUAAUUGUGUCAAUAUAAUGUAAUUGAGUUUUGAUGCGUUUUCUUUUUGUAUUAACAUUUGGUGUUUUGUUGAUGAAAUAUCUAUAGGCCCUAACGACAUCGAUUUAUGACUGUUCCAUUGUUAAAAGAGUUUUGUUGAAUGAACUUUAUACUUGUGAUCUUUUUUUACUGAAGUAAUUUAAAGUGAUAUUACUUAGUAUAUUUGCAUCUAGCUAUAAAGGCUAUUAAUUGUUAUUGCAAGAACAUCUGCAUUUCAUAACAAAGUCAUCAAGAUUCAGAUCAUUAAAUUUUUCUCGAGCAGUAAUAUUUUCCAAGAGAAUUUAUUUUUUUUAUCAAAAAUGUUUUGUUUUUAAGAGUUUUAUAUUUUUACUGACUUCUAAAGUAUGCUCAAUCAUCACAGGAUAACCUCCUGUUAAUGUCCUAUGCAAAAAAUAUAUUAACUAGUGUGAGAAACUGGAACCUCUGAUUGCUCAAGAUGCAGCAUGAAUUUCUUUGGUCAAACAAUGUGCCAUUUAUUCAGGAAUCAUCCACGAUGUUGACAACGAAAUCAAAAUAUAAUAUCAAUGCUAUUCUAAUAAACUUCAACGUUUGUAAAAACGAGGGAAAAAUAUUGAACCUUAUCAUUUACAUUACAAUAUUUUUAUUUGCAAAUUGAUAUGUUACCAAAACAUACUUACACUCAUGGGGCAUGAUAAGAAGUCGUUAAGAAGAAAGAACUGUUAUAAAAUUGUGGCUUUUAUACAUUAUAAAAAUAAACUUUUUUCCUUUUCC